AUGCGGGAAUUGAAGUUCGCCAUUUUGGCCACUGGCAAUAGCGUAUGUAUCGAGGUGUUCCAAUUCAUCGACCCAGCUCCACGGCCGCGCGACGAAGAGUUUGAAUUCAGCCGUGUCGGCAUCUUCCAUAUCUGCGUCACGGAUCCAAAUCCAGGACCUUUGGUCAAAAAAAUUGUUGAGAAUGGGGGCAAGAAGGUCGGCGGUGCGAUGGACUACUCUCGCUAUGGGCUGGCAGGUCAAAGCGGGGUUUACACACAAGAUCCAUGGGGGAAUGUGGUGGAAGUCAUGUCCAUUAGUCUUGAGAGAGUCUCCUCAGCAGGGAAUGCUCUGGGAUGGUACAUUGAUACGCAGAAAGAUAAAGACAAGGCACAGGGACCGUCUCUUUGA